UUCAAAUUUUCGCCCGAAUGCUCUUCCGACCUACGUCUUGCAUGCAUGCGAACUAGCAACCAUGCAUUAUUCUCAGACCUGAAGUUGCAAAAUACCAAUGCCAAGAACGAGUCUUUAAGACUGUCUCUGGGCUGUCAACCAGAUAAGGUUACGGUGGAUGAUGGGGGAGACAACUACCAGUUCGUUGCUUCCUUCAUCAUCGAGAAGUUCCAGAAACGCCUGCGCACUACUCAAGAAUUAAAUUAUGAGUUUGUUGCACGUGGACGUAUAUGGCGAUUCUCCUUUAAUGUGGGGCCUAAGGAGAAAUGGGUCGCUAGCUGUGGUCUCUCUUUGCCCAGUCUUUCAGCUUAUGCACGUUCUUCACUCCGGCUAGAAACUCAUACAAAGACAGGGGAACCUGGCCGUGAAACACCCAGAAAGGUACACGAGGAUACAAAAUCCAUGGAAAUGCGAGCGGCGAAGGGAAAGAUGGGCAAUGUAGAUGGAAAAGUCAAGCCUACCGUCUAUUGGGACUCGGAGUUGAGCGAUCAGUGGGUAAUAUACGAGUAAGUCUUUUGCUUCCUCAACCUUAUCUUGUAAUGGUGAUUGCUGCGAGCAACAUAUAUUGCCCCUCUUC